ACAUCAUCAAACUUUUGAUGAAGGAUGGGAAAAUAUCUGUUAUUCCAAUUGUUGGAAUAGGAGGUUUGGGCAAAACUGCACUUGCUAAACUGAUUUACAAUGAUGAUCAAGUAAAGAGAUUAUUUGAAGUUAAAAUGUGGGUCUGUGUAUCAGAAGAUUUUGAUAUAAAAAUAUUAACAGAGAAAAUUAUUAAAUCGACGACCAAUGGUAUGAGACUUGAGACAGAAAACUUGAGCAAUUUGGAAAUGGAGCAAUUAACAAAAAUCCUACAGAAAACCAUUGGUGAGAAGAAAUAUUUGCUUGUUUUAGAUGAUGUUUGGAACAAUGACCCCAUGAAAUGGAAUCAAUUGAAGGAAUUGUUGUAUAUGGGUGGCAAUGGAAGUAAAAUCUUGGUAACAACUCGUAGUAACCAAGGUUGCCUUCUAUUGUUGGUUCUGUUCCUGCUUAUAAGUUGUCAAGUCUUUCUCAUCGUGGGUUCUGUUCCUGCUUAUGAAUUGUUAAGUCUUUCUCAUGAUGAGUCUAUGGCUUUGUUUACUAAAUUUGCAUUUACAGAAGGCCAAGAGAAACGCUAUCCAAACUUGUUGAAAAUUGGGGAUGGAAUUGUGAAAAAAUGUAGAGGAGUUCCCUUAGCUGUGAAGACACUGGCUUCUCUCCUUCUUUCAAAAACUGACGAAGAUUAUUGGAAUUCUAUAAGAGACAAUGAGUUAUGGAAAUUGGAGCAGGGGGAAAAUGACAUUUUACAUGUUUUAAAAUUAAGUUAUGAGCAAUUGCCGUCUGACUUGAAAAGAUGUUUGGCUUAUUGUUCACUUUAUCCAAAGGACCAUGUUUAUAAUCAUGUUGAAUUAGCUCAAGUUUGGAUAGCACAUGGACUUGUUCGAUCGAUGAAUGAAAAUGAGGAAUUGGAAGAUGCGGGUUUGCGUUAUUUGAAGGAGUUAGCAUCUAAGUGCUUUUUUCAAGAUUUCGAGGAAAGGUAUGGAUUUAUCAAGUGUAAAAUGCAUGAUUUAGUGCAUGAUCUUGCAUUAUCAUUGACACAAAAUGAAUAUUCAAUAGUGACCUCUAGCACUAGACAAAUCCCCACAAAUGUUCGACAUUUGUUAUUUCCUGACAACGCUUCACUUCCUCAAGAUCUCUCCACGAUUUUACAAGGAUUAGACCGUGCAAGAACAAUUGUUUUUAUGAGUGAGGAAAGGGAUCUUAACAGCAAAUUAAUGUUGGACGUAAAUUGGUCAAGAUUUCAAUAUUUGCGGAUGUUGGAUUUAAGUCAGUUGAAAUUAGACGUCCCAUUAGAGAGAAUAGGCACUUUAAAGCAUUUGAGAUUUUUCCAUUUACAUGGAAAUUCUAAGAUUAUCAAAGCCCCUGAUUUUAUUUGCAAGUUGCAAAAUUUACAAGCUUUGUUACUUUGUCAGGGACUUGAAGAGUUGCCCGCUAAUAUAAAGUACUUGAUUAGCCUCAGACUUUUACAAAUGACAACAAAAGAGGAGAGGUUGUUAAAUAAUGGAAUUGGAUGCUUGAAAUCUCUUCGCUUUUUGUUCAUUUUUGAUUGUGAAAAUCUAAAAUACUUGUGUGAAGAUAUGCAAGGUCUUAGCAAACUUCAAAAACUAAUUAUUAUAGACUGUAAAAGUUUAAUUUGUUUGCCACCAAGCAUAAAAUAUUUAAGUUCACUAAAAACUCUUAUGAUUGGCGGUUGUGAAAAUAUUGACUUGGACAUGGUGGAUGAGGAAAAUUUCAAUCAACUCAGCCUUCAAAAUUUGGCACUUGCAGAGUUGCCAAAAUUAGUGAAUUUUCCAUAUUGGCUUCUCGAAGGAUCCAAGUACACUCUACAAAACUUACAUCUUGAAGAUUGUUCUAAUCUUGAAGAAUUACCUGCAUGCCUGCAAAACAUAGUUUCUCUUCAACAACUGAAGAUUGAAAAUUGUUUUGCAUUGGGAAAAAGAUGUGAACGUGAAAAGGGUGAAGAUUGGUCCAAAAUUGCUCAUAUUCCUCAAGUUAUUGUUGAUGGCUAG